AAAGGUUCAUGAAUAUAGGAAAAAACACACACUCUUCAUGUCCCUUUCCAUUUGGAUCAGAACGGAUCUCAUCUCAUUUCCCUGCUCACGUCACCCACUUAAAAGUCCACCCCCAUCUAAUCAUUAAUCACACGCUCCGCAAGUGCGGUCUCACGUUACAAUCUCUGACCUUGUUGUACCUUAUCAUUCUCUCUCAUUCUCCUUUUUUUUUUUUUCCUUUCCCUGGUCUUCUAUGAAUACCACAGCCAACUCUUUCUUUCUUCCUCUCCCCCUCUCGUUGCUCCUCUGAUUCAUUAACCCAGUUUUUUUUUUCUGUCCUCUUUACCUCUCAGAGGAGCCUCUGAGUCUGCUCAGGUGUUCCUUGUGAAGAGAUCCUUUUGUUUUUUAGGUGUGAAGGGAAAGAGAAAAAAAAAGAUGAAUCAGUGUGGUUAUCAGCAGAAGAAUGCUUUGACAAGCUGUGAGGAGAUGAGGAUGGAAUCAGUGGUGUGCCCUAAACCACGAAGAUUGGGCCUGUUGAACCACUCAACCUUUGAUGACCACAUCAGACCCUUGAGGCCACCCUUUAUCAACUACCAAUCAGAAAUUGAAGAUUCAGGAGUUGGGGCUGAGCUUCUGGACAUCAUUCUCCCCAAGAGAUCUGGAGGGCAAGUGGCUUCAUCACCCCCAUUUUUCUGUGGAUCUCCACCUAGCAGGGCUUCAAACCCUGUGAUCCAAGAUGAGCAAUUUGGUAGUAAUGGUAAUGAGAAUUUUGGUGCAUUUUCCUUGGCACCCCCUUCACCAUCUUCCUCAGCAAGAGGCUGUGUUAGGAUGAAGUUUGGUCACACCCCAGCUGCAGUGAGGAUUGAAGGUUUUAAUUGCCUUAGCAGGGAUAGGCGCAACUGCAGCAUUUCUGCUGUUGCUUAAUUCAAUUUUAAACCAUGAAAAAGAAAAGAAAAGGGGAUUAAAGAAUCACCAAAGUUCUAAGAGCAGAGGAGAUUUUUGGGACUGAGGAGCUAAUCUUAAUUUCAAUCUUAUUGUAUUAUAUGUAUAUACCGUUGUUCACGAGUUAAUUUAAGGUGUCAUGUAUAAUUGAGAGAAGGUGGGAAUUUUCUUUCUUCUUAGUUUUAUCCUUUUUGAAGAAGAAUAAAAAAAAGGGACACACCAAGGAGAAAGAAAAAGGCAAGCAAAAAGUCUUGUUCUUCUCUCUUGUUAGGUUUAUAUGAUGGGGUAUUUUAGAUUGAAACUUUCAUGUGAGUUUCAUCGAGAGUCUGUAACUUUCAUGUAAUUUGGAACUCGGCUCCUCCUUUUGUAAUUGUAAUGGUGGAGGAAAUUGAGGAUUUAUUAUCUUUGGAAUCUUGUAAGAUAUAUUUUUUGUGGGUGCCCUAUUUGCAGGUGUCGCCUAUUUGAUUAUAUGAAUAGAAAUGUUGUUCAUACUA